AUGCCCGGGAUGCCAUCCUCAUCUGCACGUGAGACUGCAGCGGUUUUACUGCAGGCUUUAGAGUCGGACCGGCCUGGAUGCACUCCAGCCGCCCCGAUGGCCCGUCCAGUGCUGGGCAACUGCACCCUGGGAGCCUCCGUCCACAUGGACAGAGCAGUGCGCACAGACCAGGCCGCCGCGCUCGGCCGGGGCCGCCUCACCUUGGCUCGCUUCAGCAGCCGGAUGAUCUCGGCCUCCGCCGCCCCGUUAAAAAAAAAGAAAAAAGAAAAAGAAAUUUGGGCGAGUAAAUGGCCAAAUCUAUUCGGCGAAUAUUUAGGGAACAGCGCAGGGAGCGAGCAGGCCAGUGGGCCAAGCACUGAGAGCUACCCGAGGACAGUUCCUGAUGAGCAUCUAUUAUCGCUGAAGUUUGUCUUUGGUUCAUCAGCCAUCCAGGCCUUGGACCUAGUUGAUCGACAGUCCGUCACCUUGGUUUCAUCACCCAGUGGAAGGCACGUUUACCAGGUACUUGGAAGUUCUGGUAAAACAUACACAUGUUUGGCUUCAUGUCAUUACUGUUCAUGUCCUGCAUUUGCCUUCUCGGUGCUACGGAAGAGUGACAGCCUACUGUGCAAGCAUCUCUUGGCAGUUUAUCUUAGUCAGGUUAUGAGGACCUGUCAGCAGCUAAGUGUCUCUGACAAGCAGCUGACUGACAUCAUAUUGACGGAGAAGAAACAAGAAGCAUAAAAGGUACAGACUGAGCAUUGUCAUCUUUCAAAACAGAAAUUCCUGUCAAGAAAUGCCAUGCAAGAGAGGUGAAAUAUAUCUUCCAGAGACUUAUUACUGUCCCUUUUCCCUCCUGGACUGCUGGAGGGGCUGUGGGCUGUGGAGGGUGUGUGUGGUUAGAAGCCCUGUAUAGUCUUCUCAUGAAAAACCUGAACCAUCCUCUGAGCCCUGGGGUAUAAAAUGUCCCUGUAUGUAAUCACUUAUCUUAGACUGAAAUAAAGCCUAGUAUCAUGUUG